UUGAUUAACACACAUUUACACACGAACAGCCAUCAUACAUAGGCCCCGUUGCACGUCGGGAAAUUAAACAUGUACGUACGUCAUAUAUCACAAAUAAAGUAUUAAGUCCCCAAUGGAUUCUUAGGGCUCGGUUUUAAUUUCACACGAAUAGAUGCGCGAAUGGAUUUUUUAUUGGUGGUGUGUUUUUUUGCUCUCAAUACGAAAUUGUCUUGGACCGGUGGCCGGGUGAGAGACGAAGCGCGGUGGAAGGACGUUCUCCUGGGACGCUCGCCAAUUUCGACACGGGAACAGCGUCGCACUUGAGAGCCGGAAUUCGUUGGAUAGUGCAUUCCUUAUUUGUGUGUUUAGAGGACAGGGAAUUUUUAAAGUUCAUUAAAUUGCAUUGGAUAAAAUGCACUUUGCGUGCAUUAAAUUCGUUCAACUAUUGAAAGACAGUGAGAAAAAAAAAACGCUUAUCCGAACAAGCAAAGACACGUUCUGGCAACCUGGUUUCCCGCGAAUCUUUGCCCUCCCCCUCCAAUGACCACGUCGUCUUCUAUUCCUCGAGUCAUUAAGGGUCGUUAAAUAAAAGUUACAAUAAAGUGUAUUUCUUUCUCUCUCUUUAAAAAGAAAUCAAGUUUUUUUUUAUUUUCAAAAAAACACGAAGGUGGCGAUGACAGUGUCAUGCGCUCGCUUUGAAAUGAUUUCUCCUUUCGCAAUGUUAUGAAGAACCUUGUGCUGCUCCUCUUAUGUGUUUCACAAGGCAGUUUUUCCUUUUGUAGAAAAAUGUCUUUUUUCCCGUAAAUCGAGUUUUCAAAUUGUCAACUUAAAAAUUUAUUCCCAGAACAUAAACAUAGAAAAAAAAAAUCUGGUGCUAAUAGUGUGUUAAUAAUGUAGCUAAAAAAAAGUCACCUGAUAUUGAUUCUGCAAAAAUUUUCAUCUCGAAAAGUGUAAAGAUAGGUUAAGUGUAUUGUGAUUUUCGUGUUUAAUAAAUGCAGAUUUAGAAAACAAAAACUAGUCAACAUGUGCGAGCAAACGGAAAUCAAUUACAUGAACGAUGACGUCGUCUGGGUUAAACUCGGAGGAUGUUGGUGGCCAGGUCAAGUUGUUGGCUAUGAAAAUUUACCCGAAGAUGUUCAGAUUGAAUACACAAAAAAGUCUCUGAUUGCUGCUGUUAAAUUUUUCCACGAAGAUUGCUUUGAAUACGUCAAGAAUUAUCAGCAAAUUUAUAAAUAUAAUUGUACGCAAAAAGAUGAAUUCAUUCGGAAAGGCCUAGACAAGUAUCGAAGCAAAUUAAAGGAUGGUUCAAAUUACAUGAACAAAUUUCCGGAGGAUAUUGAAACAGCGGAGAGAAUAACGGGCGGCGAUCCCGAAAUAAUAUUUAGCGAGAAAUUUACACCAGCGGAAAAGCCCGAUAUAGCGUCUCUAUUUGGCGAAAAGAAAGUGCCGAAGAAAAAACGUGACGACCCGCAAAGAAGAAGUGAAGGUGCAACAAUAUCAAGAAAAGUGACUCAUCCAAGAUUUUUACGACAAAGUGAUCAUGAAAUACGGAUUCGUGAACAAAUGGUUAAUUCACCAAAUGCCACAAGUUCAACAUACUUUCCAUGUUAUCAUUGCAAUUUUAGUAGUACACGUGUUAACGUAUUAAUUGAACAUUUAAGAAGCCAACAACACAAUGAUAAUGUCGAUAAUUCUUCGACUAAGAAGAAAACACCCUCAAAACUUGUUUCGAAAGCGAAAAAUAAGCAUUUCGAUAAUAAUGACACUCCAAAGAGGAAGUAUGUGAAGAAGGAAAAAUCGAGUGCCAGCAAAAGUAAAUCUGAAACUGGUUCUGAACAAAAGAAACGAAAAUUGAGUAAAUCGCCAGAGAAAAGUGUUAAGAAGAAGAAAUUGAAUGCCCAGGAGGAGAGAAAACGGAUACAAGACGAAUUGUUGGAAGACUGGGUUGACGACUCAGAUGUCGAUAUGAAAGCUGAUUUAAAUCAGGACGAAUGUUUCGAUUUUAAUUCAACUUCCGAUACAACGUGUCCGGAUGUGUUUUCCGCGACGUGUUCACCAACGAAAACAUCACCAAUUAAAAGUGAUUCCAUAGUUGUCGAACGAGAAUUAAACAAAGAAGAAAGUAUCGAAACUAAAGACGAUAAGAACGAUAAUGAAGAUAAAGAAAAAGUAGAUAAAGUAGAUAAAUGCGAAGACGAUGCAUUAGAUUUACUUCAACAAUCCGAGAAAUUACUUCUUGAGACAAAAAAAUUCCUUGACGAUUCCAGUGGAUCAUCAUCCAAAAGUCCAAAAAGACUAAUUGACAAAUUUAAAUCAAAAGAAAAAUUACUGGAUACAAAAAAUGAGAAGAAAAUUCCCGACGAUAAUACCGAUGAUAAAAAAUCACGUUUCGCUUGCUUUGAAUUUGACGAAGAUGACGUUCCCGAGACAACAACUGUUCAAAAGCCAUCGAGGUUUUUUCUCAAGAAAGACAUGAUUAAAGAAUACGAGAAAAGCGAAGCGAUAAAAAACGAAAAGGAACGACAUUCGGGAAAAUUUUUUCAUCGCGAAACAACAAGGAGCAAUGAAGCCGAAGUUGACGUUGAAGUCGAGAAGAAUAAAUUUUUUAAAAGUAAACAAAAACCAGUGGAAAUAAAGGACACCGAAAAAAUUGAAUUAUCGAAUCAAACUAAUGAUGUUGAUACGUUUCGCGAGACGAGCGAAGACAAUUUUUUAAAAUCCGAUAAAACACAAGUCGAGGAGCUCGAGAUUGUCGAAAUUUUCCAAGUCGAACGUGAAGAAGACGCCGAUACAGCGAAGGAAUCACAGGACAAAUCCAAUUACGAGAAAGUUUCUCAACAAAUGUCUGAGAAAUCUCCCAAGAAAUUAGAAAAAGAAGAGGAAAAAUUUCCCGAGGAGAAAAUAAUUGCCGAAGCGGAAGAAGAAGAAAAAGUGACGACAAAUGAAAAAUAUUCAAACCAGAAAGAAAGUGAAUUAAAACCGGAAAAUUUAAUAACACAGGAGGAAAUAAAUUUUCCUUUGGACAAAAAAAUUGACGAACCAGGGGAAAUUAUUGACAACUCGCCAGAGGCAAAGACGGAAGUAAUUUCCGAGCCGAUGUCAAUGAAAAAACGUCGUGGCAAAAAUAAGAAGUUUCCAUUAUCCGAAACACCGCGUCGUUCGAGUGUCGAACAAAAAAGUCAACCCGAGGACAGUCAAUCGGAAAGCGAACCUCUGGAACUAAAGCCCAAAGGUAAACGGGGCAGAAAACCGAAAGUGCAAAAUUUAUCUCAGAGCGAAGAGGUAAAAACACCAGUACCGGAAAUUCACAGUCCCGUUGUUCACGUUCAAGAGGAGAAAAUUCAAGAGAUCGAAGCCGAAAUUACAAAUGACUCGAAACCAAAAAGGGGAAAAAAGUCAAGAAACCAUAAUCCGCCCUUUCAGGAGAAAUUGAUGAACGAAUCGAUGUCGAAUCUCACCGAAGACAGUCAAUCCGAAUGUGAGGACAAGAGCAUUGUUGAGAAAACCAUCGAAGCGGAGAAAACAAAAUCAAAACGUGGACGAAAAUCAAAAAAAUCACUUUCCACCCAAGAGAAGAUAACCGAUUUAUUUGGACCCGAAGAAAUUGCCCCAGAAACUGAAGAAAAAGAUGUCAAUGCGAAAGAAUUUCCCGAAAAUCCAGAAAUUCCUCAGGAGGCUUCACCGCCGCCAACUGUUUCCGAAUCAACGAGUGAAACAAUCAUCGAAGUUUCAUUUCCAGUGGCAAAAUUACCAGAAACGGAGGCAGAAAUUUUCAGUAAAAACAACCAAGAAGCAACAAACGAUUUUGAAAGUCGAAUUCGAAGGAAAAAAUCACCAUUCGAAAUUUCUGACAUGGAAGUCGAAAAUGUUUCAAUUUCAACAUCAACUGAAGUGGUGAAGAAAUCCGAGAGGAAGGCAAAGUCCAACAAAAAAUCAGAGGAGAAUAUCGAAAGUUUGGAAGGGAACAAGGAGAGUGGAACUGGAAGCGGCGCGGAAAAAGUAGAAAAGUUUCGCAAAACACGUAAAAGCGAAAUUGGGGAAAACAUUACGGAAUUCAUUGAGUCAGAAGAGUCAGUUGUCAGGUCUGAGACAAUUGAACAAUUACCCCCAGAGCAAAAGAAAAUAGAGAAAAAAUCCAAGGGAAGAAAAACAUCCGAACAAACCAAAGAAUCAACACCCGAAUUAAUCGUCGAAUCAAAAAAGGAAAAAAUGCCCAAGAGUAAAAACGAAUUGGAAGAAGAGGAUAUUUUACCGGAGAAAAAAGCCCGAGGGAGAAAAUCAACCACGGACUCAAAAAUUACCGAAACUCCCGAUGAGAAAAUAGAACCAAAAAAAAUUGAAAAACGCGGAAGACCCCGAAAGUCAACAAUUGAAAUUCCACCCAUUCAAACUGAAACUAACGAUGAAACCGAAAAAUUGAAUUCAGGAGAAAUUCAAGUAACCGAACAACCUAAAGAAGAAAUUUUGCCCGACAAGAAAAAAGUUGAGAAAAAAUUGAAAGGAAAAAAGUCAAUUCUCGACUCAGAAUUGACCGAGAAACGAAUUUCCGAAUUCCCCCCAGAAAUUCCGGUUUCAAUUCCUCUCGAGGAUUUACAACCAACCGAAAAGAAACCCGAGAAAAAAAGAGGUCGAAAAUCAACAAUUGAACUUGUUGAAUUAGAGGCGAGAGCACAAAUUAGUGAAAAUUCCCCCGCCGAACCACUGGAGACGGCAGAUUUGAAGAAAGCCGAAAAAAGGGGCAAACGAAGAAAAUCAACUAUUGAAAAAAUCGAAACCCCCAAAGAAGAGGAAACAUUACCAAUCGAGCAAGAAAUUGAAAUUGAAUCAAAACCCCGAAAACCGGGACGUCCGAGGAAAAAGUCAAUCGAAGUCAGGGUGAAAUCAGACAACGAGAUGGAAAUCGAGGAGGAAAUUGAGCCAAAGGAAAGUGAUGCCUUCAAAAGGAAUGGUCGUCGAAAAAAGUCAUCAUCAAUUUCGGAAAUACCCCAAGAAAUAGCAGAGAAGAAAGCGGAAAAUGAUAAGAUUGAUAAUUCAGAGGGAAAAUCACAAGAAUUAGAGGCAAUUUUAACCGAACCGAGCCAAGUUUUACCGGAGAAGGAAAUAAAGAAACGAGGUCGUAGAAAAAAGUCCGAAACUGAUUCCGAGCAGGUGAAAAUUAUUCCCACACCAAAAGGAAAGCCAGGACGAAAGAAAAAAAUCGUCGAACCAGUAAUUGAGGAUUUUACCAACACUGGAGAAAAAUUAGAAACGACUGAUAAUUCCGAGAAAGAAAGUAACGAAACGAGAGAAAUUCCCGAAAUUGAACAAGUUGAAGAAAUUCCAGAAACUAAAAACAUUGAAGAAAUUCCUGAAAUGAAAGAAAUUCAAGAACAAGUUCCACAUGUGGAAUUUGGAGAAGAUCUUCCAAAUGUGGAAAUUCGAGAAGAAGUUCCAAAUGUGGAAAUUGAAAAUCAAUUUCCAGUCGCAAUGGAUACAUUUGCAACUACGGAAAUAGUGGAAACAACCGAAAUUGUGGAAUCGACGGAAAUUGUUGAAUCAACGGAAAAUGAAAAAACUCCCGAACCGACAAUUCGAAGCGAUUUCGUCGAAGCGCCAAUUCACGAAACAGAAAUCGAAUCGACAGUGAUUGAUCAGCAGGCAGAAUUUGUCGAGACUGAAGUUGUGGAAACGACAGAAGUAGUCGAGACAACGGAAAUUGAAACAGAUGUAAUUGCAAAUGAAGAAAUUGCCACGAGUGAAGUAAUUCCAACGCCGGAAGUUGUUGUCGAGACAACGGAAGUGGUCGAAACGACAGAAAUUGUCGAAACACCGCCAGAAGAAAAAAUCGAAACAAAGGCAGAAAAUGUCGAAACAAAAGCACCAAAUUCCCUUGCGAAUAAUGUCGAGACAUUGCGAGUUUAUUCCGAAAUGCUGCCACCGAAGAAGUCGCAGAUAAAGAAAUUCGAAUUGGAAUCAAAUUUAGAGACGGAGAUUGAGAAGAAGGAGAAGACGAUGGAGAGUGUGAAGAAAUUGGACGAUAUCGGCAAUAUGGAACUGGAAAUUCGUCUGCAGGGCCAUGUGAAUGAUUCAAAACCACUGGAGGAUGUUCUCACGGACGAGACGAAGGAUGUCAACGUUUUCGAUGCGUUGACCGACAACGUAUCGGCGGCAGUCGUCGUCGAGACAAUGCCCCAGGAAAUCAAUCAACUCUCCGGCAUGUCGACCAUGGAUGGAAAGAGCGUCGACGAUGAGACCCUGGAGAAAGAGGAGCAAUACUCAAUGAUUGAGCGCACACUCGAGCAGAUGGACUCCGUUUCCCCGAAGACGGUGCGCGAGGAAGUUCCCGUCAACAAGUCCCCGAUGCAGACUCGCUACCAGGGUAAAUUUACACCUGAAACCGGCUCCAGGAGUAAGAAGGACAAGGACAUAUUCACCUUGGAUAAAAAUACCACUUUUCAAGAUGUGUUCAUAAAGACCCUGCAGAUUGAAAAUGAAGACGAGGAGGCGGAAGUUCAUCAGGGGCGAGCAAAGAAGGUCAAGAAGGGCAAGAAAAAAGUCAGCGAGAUCGAGAAGACGAGAAUUUCAAACUUGACUGAAUCGAUGGGUGAUUUCUCCGGCGUCGAAGUUGUCGUCGGAGAGACAUUGCAGGAGGAGAAGAACGACAAUCUGACCAAAGAAGUGAAAAGUCUGGUGGAGGAAGUCUCGUCCCCAUUGGCCGACACGGCAAUGCCGGUGAAGAAACGCGAGAAACCGAGAAUCAUCGAGAACGUCGCCCUCAAGGAACCAAUGAUCCUCAAGUCGAAAUUACUCGAGAAAUUGCCCUCGAAACUCCUGAAGCACAAACUGGAGACCGAGAAAAUCGGAACGCCGAGAGCAAAAAUAAUGAAACUAGAAGCCUCGCCCGGAAAACUACGAAAAACUUGUUUGAAAACGGAGGAAAUUUUAUCCCCCGUCAUUCCCACCCAAACCGUCACGUCGCUAUCAAUUACCGAGAAAUGCAUUCAACAGAGUUCGCAAAGUCUCGAGGAUAUGGAUCUCGACAUCAGUAAUAUGCCAAUAGUUCUCAGCGAAGACGUCCUCACGCCGGAGAGUAUCGAAAACAUGCCGAUAGUAAUAUCCGGGAUGAUAUCCUCCGAAGCCGAUCAUUCGACCGGACAAGUCAGCGUUUUGCCAUCGCCCGACAAUUUCCCCCCCGAAGCUUCGAGUUCCGAUAACGAUGUCACGAUUCUCAAGAAAAAACUCGGAACUCCAACUAUUUUGAAGAAUAAAGUCAAGGGGAAGCCGACCAUCACGAACAUCACCACCAUUGUUCCUCCCCUAUCAAUGGGGGUCAAGAACGUGAAAUUCCAGAACGCCCAAACUGGCAAAACCACCCACUAUCAAAAGGACACGCAGGAAAAGUACUUUAUAGUCCACAGUAAUCAGCAACGAGGCUACAAGGUCCAGACGAAGGCGGGUACGUCGCAGAAACUGGUGCUGCCAACGAGCAAGAGCCCCGAGAGUGUCCAGUACAUCCAACAGGAUCGCAAACUGAUGAUCAUCCCCUCGUCGACCGUGGGGCAGAAGAUCCUGCCUCUGAACGUUUCGAAAACCGGAAAAGUCCAGAGGAUAAUAAGCCAGAAGGGCGAGAUAACCACUGUCCUGCCGUCGAAUUACCAGAAGACGGUCAUCACCCAAAGAACUGACGGAAACUCCCCAACGACCUCGAAGAUAGUUCCGAAGAUAAUAAACCCAAGGGGGAUAAUCUCGCCCAAAGGCACCGUCACUCCGAUAGGCACCGCUCUCCAAAAGUCCAUCAACGUACGGCCGAUGCUGAAAAACAGUUCCGGAAUCACAACCAAGAACAUUCUCUCCCUUCCGCAGACGAUCGUGAGUCCGAAGGGCACCGUCCUGACCCCGAUCACAGGCCAACAGGUGAAAGCCCUGGCCGCCAAGACACCUCAGAAGUUCUACCAAAAAGUCCCCUUGUCCCUAAUUCAGAAGCCAAACAAAGACGAUUCUCUGAAACUCUCCCCAGGGCAGAUAAUUUAUCAGAAGAAGGGCGCGAAGCCCAUUACGCACCAAAACCCCCCCGCGUUGGUCCCGACCGCCGAGUCCAUGGUUCCCGCCAGGGGCAAGUUCAUCUCGUCCAGUUCGCUACAGAAAACAGGCAAGAUUCUCAAGAAGACGGGAGAGAGUCAAGUCGGCGAAAAGGCAAAAAUGGCACAAAAGGCGCCGAAAGGGAAGGGACGAAAGAACAUCCUGAGUGCCGCUCUGAGUUCGAUUGCGAUAACUGGACUUCCACCCCUCGAGCCCAUACAUCCCGAGAAGAAGGCGAAAAUUGGGGAAAUCGAAGAAGAGGGGAAAGCGAAUCAAUUUCAGAAUCAACAGAGUCAACAGAGUGAACAGAACCAAGUGCAAAGUCUACAGACUCAACAGAGUGAGCAGAGUGUACAGAAUCAACAGAGUGUACAGAGUCUACAGAGUCAACAGAGCCAACCGCAGAUCAUAGCGCUCCCCUUCGAGAAUAGCGACGGCACGCUCCUGAUGCUGAUGACGACCGACGACAACAACGCCCUGAUGUCCCUGGAAGGCACGCUGGACAACAUCGUCCUGCAGUAUGACAACGGCACCGUCUCCAGUCUCCAGACCCCCGCCGAGACGAGUCAGAACUACCAGAGUACGGACAUCGUUCAGACCUCGAGUCAGGACAUUCUGGCCGCGGCCCUGGCGAACAGCGACUUCCAGCCCGAAAUGACCACGAGCAACGUCGGCUCCCUCACGCAGACGAGCCUCAUCAACCAGACGAUCCUCCAGUCCACGAUCAUCCCCCCGACUGAGCCAAUAACCUCGGCCUCCGUUCUCGAAACGUCGCUCACUCUCAAUCAACCGAUAAUGACGCCCCUCGAGGUGCCCAGCAACAUUUCCCUCGCCGAGACGCCCUCGUACGUUGCCGGCCAAGUCCAGAUACAAAUCCCCGGGAAUUCGAUGCCGGACAUUGGCGAAAUGAUGGACACGAGUGAGAUACAGUACCAGGGCGUAGAGGAGUCUGUGUCCCUGCCGGAGGCGACGGCGCCGACGACGAGUGUGCAGACGACGCCCUCGAUGCCGAUAAUCGACGACUAUGUGGAGGAUGUGCAGUUCAGUGAGAGCACGCCUGCGGAGAAUUUCGCCGAUGUUUCUGUUUCAGAUCUACUGGUCUCGAAGACUGUGACGAGUGUCGAGAAUCUACCGCCGGUCGACGUUGCUUCGGAAAUUAGGCAGACUGUCGAGGAGGAGACGGUGAUGGUACCCCAGGAGCAGGUGGUCGAGGAGUCGAUCGAGGAGCAUCAGUUCGCCGCCACUGAGGAAGUAUCCAGCGAGGUUGAAAUCAAUUCGCAAAUCGACUUUCAAAUUUCGAGUCAAACGUGCCAGGAGGAAAUUGUCACCCACGAGGAAAGCGGCGUCGUCGAGGAUGCUUGCCACGGAAUUCAAAAUGAUUUUUCCUCGAAUCAACACGACGUCCAGGAGAUCGAGACUUCCCAGGAAAUCGAAACUGUCCAGGAGAUCGAGACUUCCCAAGAGAUUGAGACUUCUCAGGAGAUCGAGACUUCUCAAGAGAUCGAAACUUCCCAAGAGAUUUCACAGGAGUUUUCACAGAUUUCGGAGAUUUCCCAGGAGGAAGUUUCGGAGAUUUCAGAGAUUUCGCGAGAAAUUUCGGAAACUUCGCAGGAGAUUUCAGAGACUUCGCAGGAAGAACAGAAAAUCGAGGAAAACAUUGCUGAUGAUGAUCAUCAUCAUCAUCAUCAGGUGCAAAUAUUCGACGAGGCGGAAUCGUCAUUUGCGAAUGAGACUGAAAUUAGUGUGGAUGAGAAGGCGACAACGUCAACAUCGGGAUCGAAUCGUUUGGAUGAUAAUAUGGAGAUCGAGGAGGAGGUGCAGAGGGAUCAUUAUAUUAUGGAGAGUUCGAGUAUAUCGCAAGCUGAUGAAUUGGCGUCGUCGCAUGUUGAGGACGACCAGGCAAUGCGGGACGACUCGAGAAUCAUAUUUGAGGACACUGUUACCGACACUAGUCAAGAAGCGCCUUCGCAGUCUUAUGGACAGUUUGAUAGUUCGAUGAUCGGCGACAAUGCAGAAGUGCCUAGUCAAUCAGCCAAAUCGGAGAAUUCGAGGGAACCGUCGCAGUCGAUCGAGUAUGAGCCAAUGGAAACUGAUGAGACUGUUGUCUCUGGUGAGCCUCCAACUCAAUCGUUUGAAGAUUCAACAACAAGUGAAGCGACACAAUCCUACGCAACAUUGCCCGAUGUUGCGCCUGACGCACCAACUCAAUCGUUCAACGAAAUUGGAAAUCAAAGCGAACGAAUAAUAAACCCCGACACCGACGAUCAAAGCUUUCCCACUCAAAGUUAUGAAGUCGAAAAAAUAGUCGACAAUCUGUCGGUGAAUUUAGAGACAGAUCCCGAAAUAAGUCAAGAGGGUAAUAUUCCAUCUCAAUCGAACGAUAUUGGAAACGAUGGCAUUGGCACAUCCUCCGUGUCAACGAAUAAUUCCAAUCUCAAUGAAGACGAGACGGCAAGUUCGUCGUACGUCCCCGAAACACCGGAAACCCAAGAGCGAGAUCAAGAUCAAGAGAGUGCAAUAAGUACAUCGUCGUACGAAAUUCCACCCUGUGAGGAAUUGAAUAUCGCGACAUCGUCGAUACCCGACACUUCGGAGCAUUCCUCAAUUCAUGACAAUGGAAUUUUGGAGAUUCCCACCUCGUCGUAUAAUUUGAAUCCGGACAGUAGUUCAUCGACUCACGUUGACUCGGUGCCGUCGUCGAGUUACGAGGAUCAAGUGAUACUCGAGCAGAAUGUCUCGACGUCGUACGAUGUGCCAAUGGCGUCGUCGCAAAAUUUCGUCACCGAAAGCACCGAUCGUCGUAACGAACCGACGAGUUAUUAUCAUCGAGAGGCGGCCGCGAGUUACUACGACGAUCGCAACAAUUCGAUGUUGAAUCAGGACCCGAGCUCACGAUUGAUUGACGAUCCGCAACAGGAAGUGACUCCGAGUUACUACGGUAGACACCAGCUUCCACAACAGCAGCAGCAGCAGCAACACCAUCACCAGCAGCACCACCAGGAGGCGAGUCAGAGUUAUUUCCCCCCCGAGGGCGAAGCGACGCCCAGCUACGCCGGACACAAUCAAGUGUCGUCGCCCGGAUACUACGAUCCACCGCCGGAGGGCGAGGCCAGUCAGAGUUACUAUUCGACGCACGAGUCAGAGAGACAGGAACAAUCUUCAUCGUCGUCCUCGCAGAAUAUGGAAGCGUCACAGAGCUUCUACCAGGAGGACGAAUUGAGACUGAGACAGAGAGGCGAGGCAACGCCGACCUAUCCCGACCGCUAUCCCAUUGAAUACGCAACGACCAAUUCGCCCCUCGAGAGGCACGAUUUGGUCGAGAGUUCAGUUCCCGCGACACGACCCACGGAAAGAUAAUACGAUUUUUAAAAAAUCGUCUCACAAUUUUAUUUUUUUCCCCUUUUAUAUAACAAUUAUGGACUUCCUCGCUGGUCGCCAUUCAUUAAAUUCAUUAAAUCUACAAAAACAAAAAGAAACCUGUAAAUAGUACUUUAAAGAAACUAAAAUGCUAAUUAAGAAUUAAGUCUUACUUUAUAAUUUAUAUUACUAUUCAUUCAGUGUGAAUGGUUUCGACACGGAUCUGAUCCGUAUUCUUCAAAACUCAACGUUUGAUUUUCUUUUAAUAUCACCAAGUUGAAUUUUAUUAUAUAUAAUAAUAUAUAUAUAUCGGAAAAUUAUCAUUUUUAACAGAAAUCCAAGAGUUGAGUUUUCGAAAAAUUAGAUUGAUUUCGAGGUUUAAAAAUCAACCAUCGAGUUUUGAAGAAUUCUUCAUUUUCUCAAAAUUGAAUAAAUUGAAUAAAUUGAAGAACUGUGGUUUUUGUUGUGGUAUAUAUAUAAUGUUAUAGAUCGAUAUUGUUUCAUUGCUUUAGUGAUAAGUUUUGUUGCUUUUCAAAAAGACUUUUUGCCCCCCCUCUUCGAAAAAAAACUUUAAGGGGGAAGAAACAAAAAAGUGGGAAAUCAAUUUUUUGUCAAUGCAUCGAGAGAAAGGAAGAAAAUAAAUUUUGUGAAAAAAAAACUUAUCGGAGCAGGAGACAAUAUUUUUACAAGCGUUUCUUUACGUCUCUACAACUAUUCUAAUUACCGAUUCGAAGAAGAAAAAAAGUAAUUGUUAAUCGCGUUGACAAGAGGAAAUAACGAAAGUUCCAAUCUUUCGUUUCUUUUCUAAACGUUCCUAAAAAUGCGAAUUUCCAGUGGCAAUUUCAAUAGUCCCCAAAAAAUGUAAAUUUUCCAAACUAAAAAUACUUUUCUUGUUUCAAAAAGAAAAAAGCAAAUUCAGAUUUUUAUAAUUCAAUUUAAACUCUCAUUCUUUUUGUAAAAAAAAAAAAAAAGUAUUUUUAGUUUAAAAAUUACCCUCAUUUGGUGUCCAAAACAAUUCUCCCAUUUUUUUCACUUCAAACGAAAAAAUAAGAUUUUUGUAAUAUUACGAAAAAAAAAAUGGGCAACUUUGAUCGUUAAGGUUUAAUGUUUACUUUGUAGGAAUUAGUAUAAAUCACUACGAACAUAAAAAGCCUAUUAUUUCAACUAUACCACUGUAAUCUGAGUGUUACAAAAAAAAUAAUCGUAAGAUGAAAAAAGCAAAAAAAAAAAAAAUACAAAAUCAUACGAAAAAUCAUGGGAAAAUGCAUUUUGCUUGACACACACCCACACACAAAGAAAAAAGAUUUUUUGUACAUAAAAAAUGUACUCGUGAUAGAAUAUUUGUAGAAUUGAAAGAGAAAUGAUGAAAAAAAAGUAAUUAGUAAUUAGGAACCGAACCGAAACAAGAAAAAGAAAAAAAAAGUUCGGAUGUAUUUAUAUUAUUAAUUUUUUAUAUAAUAUAAUAAACGAAAAUGUUAAGGUGUAAUUAAGAUUUCAAGAAACAUAAAAAUAAAGAUAAAAUAUAUCCUAUAUUCUGAUUGUAAUAUUAUAUUCUACAUAAUUUUUAUUAUUAUUAUUAUUGUUAUUAUAAAAAAAAAUGGGGAAAAUAAAUAUAGAUUCUUCGUCAUCGGCAAAAUAAAAAUGGCAUUCUUUAUUCUAUUUGUCGUGUAAAAAUUUUGUUUUGUAAAUUUUUACAUGACUCUCGCUCUUUCUCUCUCUAUAUUUCGCUAUUUCUCUCCUUAUCGAUGUCAAGCAAUAAGCAUUUUUUACUAAUUUUCUAUGAUAAUAAUUAUAUUCUUUAUAGUCUCACGUUAUUCAAAACACAUAUGUUUUUAUUUCUCGUGGCAAUUUUAAACGCGGUCACGUAUGUAUAUAUUACCUAUGUUGAUACCAGGAUUAAUAAAGAAUUAUAAAUCACA